UUCAAGUCAGUCGCUUCUCAUCUGUUAUGAGACAAGGAAGCCCCGAUCAAACGUUCAAUAUUCCGCCUGCCAAACAUGAAAAGAAUCGAGUGCCGGCAUUGUCACCUUUAGCAACCAGUUACGCUCGCAGUCACUAAUUCGACCAGCAGCCGGAAGAGUUGCAAUCGUUGAGGCGUUCAGAGCUUACACGACUUGAGAGAUUUCGCCAUUAGCUGUCGCUUAUUCUCUUUGGCGCCGACGUGUGAAAAGAGUCUUUCAGACAGCCAAGACACACAACUCACUCAUCUCUUUGUUGGUGCGAAAAAGCAGACGAAAAGGAGUGACGACAAGAUCGACCGCUCGUCGGAAAUCAUGGCCCAGCUGUUGGCUUCCAGCAUCAUCACUUGGAUCUGGAUCGGCACUUUCUGCUUCACUGCUACCGCUCCUUUGAUUGCUGCGGGUCGUGUUCAUUCAGAUGGCACCAGUUGGGGCUUCGAACCCGAAUUCACUGACAGCAUGACCAACGUGACAGUUGCCACUGGCCGGGAUGCGGUACUGAGUUGCAGCGUCACCAAUCUUGGUGGACACAAGGUCGGUUGGGUGAAAGCCGACACCAAAGCCAUCCAAGCCAUCCACUUGAUUGUAGUGACGCACAAUCCGCGCGUUUCGGUCGAGCACAUCGGCUCCAGUCAGUGGAAAUUGAUCAUCAAGAACGUCCGCAAGGAAGACGCCGGGUUCUACAUGGCCCAAAUAAACACCGACCCCAUGAAGAGUCAGGUGACUUACCUUGACGUGACAGAACCGCCGGACAUUAUCGACGAGCGGACGCCGGGCGAAUUGCGAGUUCGGGAGAACGAAGCGCUCAAGUUGACAUGCGAGGCCAGGGGGAAUCCCGCGCCUCGGAUCACCUGGAAACGGGAAGACGGUCACGAUCUGCACCUGACCAGUCGAGACGAACAUAAAGGGACUGGAGGGUCCUUUCGGAAUAAAAGUCACGGAGGCCCGUCUGUCUACAGCGUCGACGGCGAAACAUUGCGGAUCAACCAAGUCUCCAAACGCCAUAUGGGCGUCUACUACUGCAUCGCCUCCAACGGCGUCCCGCCGUCCGUCAGCAAGCGGGUCGCAGUCACCGUUUUGUUCGCUCCGACAGUAACGGUGGACAAUCAAAUUGUGGGCGUGCCUUUGGGGAACAACGUGACUCUGGGGUGUAUCGUCGAAUCCUCUCCAAAAUCGAUCAACGUCUGGUACAAAGAUGACAAAAUGAUAGCCAAUAGCAGUCGACUGAGUUACGAGGAGAAGGUCGAAUCGUCCUAUCGAGUCCGCAUGAUCCUCACUAUUGGACACUUCCGCAAAACGGAUGUUGGCAAAUACGAGUGUCGUUGUAGAAACGAGCUCGGAGAAGCCGAGGGAACCAUCAAACUGCACGAUUUGAAGCCGCUGAUUACGACGACGACUCCGCCGCCGAUUUUUAUGAUGGGCGAGAACGACAUCUACCCGCUGAUCAUCGGCACGACGGCGUGGACUCACGUCCUGCAGCGGGAUCGAGUUUUGACCACCACGGGCCGGCCUCAAGAUCGUCCCGACAGCGUCGGCGAUCUGCCGACGCAACUGAUCGGCGACGCCGAAUUCCUUCCGGCCGGAUCGGCAUCCAGUAACAACCACAACCGACACGGUCACGAAAUGAUGAAGGCCACAUUGCGACCGCGCUCGGGAGGUCACUCUUCCUCUGCAGCCUCGUCCACCAGGUUGGCCGUCGGCCGUCAAUCCGCCGUGAGCGCAGCAGCCGUUGUCAUGAUGACGGCCACCGUCAUCGCCCUGGUGUUGUCAUAACAAAACCCCCGAAAAAUCUGUUACCGUUACUCGCACUCUAUAGCUAUAUAUAACGCUAUUUGUACGAUAUGUCAUCAUCAUUCGCCAAGACAACUGAUUCAUCAUUCCUCUCCUCUUUUGAUUGUGUCGAGCCUUUUCCCGCCACCCGAUCCGAUCCGGACACACAUGAACAGUGACAGCGUUAUUUCGGACCAUGCAACAUGAAGCAACCGACAACUGGCGUACAGUAGUGCCAUCAAUGAGUUGGGGGUCACCGAGUUUAUUAUAUCAGCGCAAUCAAAGAAGGUAUCGAUAUAUUAUUAAUUAUGCGCGCAGCCAUCGUCGUCAAAUUUGCCGACAGUAUUAGGGAGAAACAACCCGGAGGAACGCCGUGCAUUUUAUUUGCCGUAAUGUUAGCCGCGUUUGUUUUUCCCCUGGUUUGGCUGUGUGCAGCUGGUGCUGUUCUUGUACAUUCAUAAAUCACUUCUCCUUCUCUCUCUCUUUUCUCUCUCCAUUUCUUUGAUUCUCUCCGGAGGAUAAAAAAGAAGAGUUGCUUCUCUUCAUACUUUAUUAUUCGAGAUUGUGCGUAGCACUUUGGCUCGAUCACCACACACAUCAGCAUCAACCAAACCAUUUCGAUUUUAGCGGGACCGCGAAGCGACAACAUUUCGAUGACGUCGAAAAUUUUUAUUUGACUACUUUAAAUACGGCGCCCUUUUUUUUAUUUACACCUUUCCAUUGCCACUCAUCGGUUUAUCUUGUUCGUGCCAGUUUGGGAAAAAAAAUUCAACACAUCUGGGCAUGUUUUGAGAGAGAAUGAUGUCAAUCGCUAAUAGUCCCGUGUACAGACAAAAGUAUAUUAUUCAGUCUGUACUUAUUAGACAUUGAAUUGGCGCGUGCGAUUUGAUCCUCAUGUACAGUUAUAAAAUCAUCGUCGCUUUUCUCUCUCUUUCUCUUUGUGUUGUGUAGACUUGUUCUCCUCGUCCCUUGUUAUUCUUGUAAUAUAUCAAAAAAAUCUCUUUA